GGGAGAGAUAAUGGAGAAAGGAGGGGGGGAGACGAGUCGCCCACUGACCACGGGGGCCCGCGGAAACAGUGGAGCGAGGAGAACGAUGGCGCUGGACCAUGAGAGGCAGCAUCACCGCGCCCGCAUGAAGCAGGAUUGGCCGGGGCCCCGGGUAUGGGGGCGGUCUGGGCCGGCGUGACGCGGAAAAUAUAAGCCUGUGUGAGUGGCGGCUGAUUAGCCAGAGGCUCGGGACGUGGAGUAGUGGCGAGAGUGUCCCGAUAGAGAGAAGAGAGGACGGACGUUCCUCUCGUUUUCGAGGGAGACGUCGAUCGUCGGGUUAUUCGGUCCAGUUCUUCCAAGGUCCGCCGCGAAUAAUCGGCCGGCGCAUCGCGCGAGUUAACGCCGCUUAAAACUAAUCAAAAUUAAUCAUAACCCAGGCAACAAUUGAUCGCAAUUGCCGCGCGCGCUCCAUUACGGGCAAUCGGGCAAUCGGGCGACGCGCCGAUCCUCUUCCCUUUUUUUUUCUACCGACGGGAAGCGGAAAGAAUCUCGGAAGAGCCUCGCGAUGAUCUAAGUAUGCCAAGGUGUGAGACGGCCGAUCUCGUUGGCUCUCGGAUUUCAAUUUAACCGUGUUGGUCACUCGACACUCCCGAAGAUGGUGAAAUUGACGGAGGAGAUCCGAAAAGGGAAACUUCACGUUGAAGAGAUAAGCAGAAGUGAUUUGUGACAUCCCUCACGAAUUGGAGGGAUUGGAUUUGUGACAGCCGGCACGUUGGACCAAGUCGAUUAAGAUUCGGAAAUCGAAAGUCGAGGUUUCGCAAGCUUGGUGAUUGCGCACAAUCCGACUUUUUUUAACCGAACCGAACAACGGUGCGAGCUGGACGUGGGAUGGAAACGCGGAAUGAGAGUAAAAACUCUAAUGCGAGAAAAGAGAGCUAACAAAUAAUUGAUGAUCAGUCGAAUCCGACAUCCUAGAAACUUCCUCGUUUCUCGUCUUUGGAGUCGGUAGUAACAUAUCUCUUUGAGAUCAAGAAAGAUAUACUUCGUAGAAAAAACGUCGAAAUUUUACGCUUUGAAGUACGCGGACUAUCGUCCGAUCCUUCGAGAGAGUUUGUCGGUUUAGAGGUCUCCCGUUUAAGGGAAGAAAUUAUUAUCAAAGAAGAUGGACGGUGCACCCUCGUGGGACGAUCCGAUCUUCUCGGACUUUGGGACGCGCGGCGGGACCACCGGAGCCCACAGUAUCCAGGUGAUGCUGAGCUUGCACGGUGGUGGCGGUCAUCACGGAAGCGGCGACCUGAUGCCGACCGGCGGCGGUCAGCUCCACAAGCUCGACUCGUCCAACAGCCCGUCGCCGCAUCAUCAGGCCGCGUCGCAGCAUCAGCAUCACCUGCAGCAGCAACAGCAGCAGCAGAAAGAGCUAAAGGAGCUCGAGUUGUCCGGCAUGUACGCGCCGCUGCCGCCGCAGACCCAGGACGUCACCACCUCGACGUCCACCAGCGUCACGCCGACCUCGACGAGUCUUCAGCAGAGUUUGCAGCUUGGCAACGCGCUCAAGAGGAAGCCGGACGAUCCGAUCAAUGCGCUCGCGCCAGUCAGCAGCGAGGCGCAGCCAGCCAAGAAGGACUCGAAAAAGAAGACUGACAACAAUAAUAUCAAGAAGAAAAAGACAAGAACAACUUUCACGGCUUAUCAGCUGGAGGAAUUGGAAAGAGCCUUCGAACGAGCCCCUUAUCCGGAUGUCUUCGCGCGCGACGAACUUGCGCUGAAGCUCGCGCUAUCAGAGACUCGCGUGCAGGUGUGGUUUCAGAAUCGUCGUGCAAAGUGGCGAAAGAAAGAACCACCGCGCAAGACCGCCGGUUACAUGGCCGCAGGUUCCGCCAGCCCCGGUCUGUCAGGCUCUUUCACGUCGCUCAACAACACCCUGAACCCGUUCGCGUCGCCGACGACGGCGACGACGCCGUCGGACGCCUGGGCAUACUCGCCGGCGGCUUACGACCUGGCGCCGCACCUGAAUCUACUGAACCCGUCCAAUUCGCCGUACUCGGCGGCCGCGGGCUUCGCCAACAACGGCAGCGUCUCGUACUCGUCGUACGCGAGCAUGCUGCCGACGCAGCACGACGCCGCGUUGUUCACCACGCCGGCCGCCGCCGGCAACACCAUGCGCGUCCAUCAGGACUACAUGAAUCCCGGUGGCGGCAGCAGCCCGCCGCCGUCCGGCGGGCCCCUCACCCGCGCCGACUAUCAGACCAUGGUGACGACGCACUCGCCGCCCACCCACCUCGGCAACUCCAUGUCCGAGGACGAGCACGGCGGCUGCCUCGCGGACAAGUACGCGCACGACCAAGCCGCAGCCGAUUACGGCCAGCAACAACAGCAGCAGCAACAGCCGCCGCCGCCGAACGAUCAGAAGCAGGACUACGGCAUGCACUCGCCGCAGGCGCGCCAGGCCAUGAAGGAUCAGGUCAUGGUCAAGAGCGAGCCCGGCAGCCAGCCGAGCUACGUCCAGCUGCCUCCUUUUCUGAACUGACUCGCGGCCUCCUCCGCUCUAGAUCUCUUCUAGGCGACUUUUGAGAUCUGUCCGCGAUUUUUCGCGACGAGCGCGAGGAGUAUUUAGAUCCUGGACUUGAAAUUUCGAUCGCGUAACUUCGACCGAGCUCUCGCACCGACGCUACUUACAUUCGGUAAUUCUCGAUGGCGAACGAGCAGAAUUCGACUCUAUUAACCCGAGAACGGGCGCCUUUUUUUUUGCAUGAACGGUCACCUGGGGCUUUCACAUCCCAAUUAAAUUGUUAUUAAUUACAUAUUGCAUACUUUGGAUUGUUCUAUAAUUUUUCAGUAUUUGAGAACAAUAUGUAUA